GCUCUGUUGGCACCAACAGCCCAAUCCGACCAAGUGAGUCAGCCAGCAUGCCCAUUCGCCCCCAAGGCUUCUUUCUCACCUAUGACUCUAACACUUACAUGUAUACACUUACAUGUAGAUGUCCCAUCCAUUCAUUAUUUCAGGCCCAUCAUUUCAUACUUUACCAUUGAACCUCAACAACAACAAGAGCAUAACAUAACCCCAUAUGACACAGACAGGCACACCACCAGCCAACCAACCAACCAAACCACAAUAAUGCCCACCCUCCUAAGCCUACCCCCCGAGCUCCGCCAGCACAUCCUCUCCCCCUGCCUCCCCGCCGACGUCCACAACGCAGGCGUCGCGCCCCGGACGGCGGCCCUCCUCCCGCUCCUCCUCACCUGCAGGGCGGUCCGCCUCGACGUCCUGGAGCUGCUGCGGUCCUGGUCCCCGCUGUACCACAUCGAGGACCCGCGGGCUUUUUACGUCCGCUCGCAGCAGCGGGGCCAGCGGGGCCGCGACGACGACGACGACGUCGCGCAGAUGCGCCGGGUCAGCCUGCGCCUGUUCGCGGACCUGGACCUGAAGCGGAUGCGCCGCGUGGCGCCGCUCGGCGCGCACGACGAGGGGUGCUUCGACGUCGACGCGUGGCUGCGGUGCGUGGGGGCGCUGCCGCGGCCCGGGGACGGGGACGGGGCCGGGGCCGUCGAGAGCGUCGUGCUGGAUCUCACGCCCGUGCCGGUGUGGAUGGCGACGUGGCGGCCCGACUGGGUGCGCGCCAACGUGCUGGACGCGCGCAACAGGCCGUUCCUCGUGGGGUGCGAGGACGGCGUGCGGAAGAUCGCGGCCGCGCUGUUUGGGGUGUAUGAGGGGGCCGGCGGGGUGUCUAUCUCCCUCGGCGGCGCCGUGCCGUCCAAGGCGCGGCGGGUCGUCGAGGCGGGGUUGGAGAUCCUGGACCCGCGGCUUGCCCUUGAGGCGCAGAUGGGCCGCAUGAGUGUGCUUGAUGCCGGGGCGGGGGGGAAGGUCCCGUUCGCGGGCGAGUACAUCAAGGGCCCGGCUGAUGAGCCGACGAGGUUGAGGUUGGGGCUCGUCUGUCUCUGCUGGGGUGUUGAUGUGAGGGGCCUGGCGAGGGGUGAUUAUGCCUUUGAGACGAGGCUUAUUCAGAUCCGGAAUGAGGCACGCAAGAACGGCCUCGCGACACCGGAACUCGACUUCAGGGCCCUCGGCUGGGUGUACUGGUCCAAGCAGUCGAGCACCGCGUACUUCGUCAACGCCGAGGCGGACGAGAGGCGGACCCGGGACGAGCUCGUCCGCAUGCUAGCCUUCGCGGUGGGCGUGAGGACCGAGACCGCCGGGCCAGGCGCCACGGUCGACUUCGAGCCGGCGAUCCGGGUGCGACGUUUCCUGCUGCACUGCCUCGCCAGGGACCUCGAGCUGGCCAGCGUCAGCGUUGGAGACGCGGGCGAGAAGUUCGUGAGGGUGUCACGCCCCGUGGAGAAGUCUGUUGAGGAAGUUGAGUUGCCUGGGGGUGACGGCGGAGAUGGAGGUCAUGUGCAUGGAGGAGAUGAGGAGGUGAUGCGAGCAGAGCUUCGGGCGAUACAGCUGCGGCGGGCGUUCCGAAGGUGUUCUGAUGAACGUCCAUGAGGCGACUGAGGUGUGCUGGAAGUAGUAGCUCACACUCUGCAAUGAAAAUGCCGCAUGCUGCUGAUCAUAGCUCGGUGCAAUCCACGUUAGGCACCUAUGGUUGACUCGGGACUUCAUAUAGAGGCUUUAUAGCAGACCAAAGGAAAUGGGCUUGUUCCAAGACUAGUGAACAAGGCCCUUGCACAAUUGCCGAUAUCGAACGCAUGGCCCAGUCCUGCAAAUGAACUACUUGCUUGACGUGAACAGCGCAGCCGGC